UGGUCCAGCGCUUGUUAUUGUCCCCCUUCUGUCUCACCCGAUACUCGGUUCCUGUAUUGUGAAAUACGUGUAGACCAGCUAGCUUCUUCUUUAACUAUGCGGUCAAUUGUGGGUUUAAUAGCUGUAAUUGGCGCCGCUACUUUCUAUCUGUACAUUCUGUCUUCUUACCUUCCGACCGGACCGCGACAACUCCCACCCAAAGCGACUGAAAAUGAAGAAACGUCAGAUAUCGACAUUAACAAGGACUUCAGAGGCGAAGUCAAAGAACACAGGCUGAAGUUCCCCUCAGACCUGGUAGAGCUAAGAGAAUUGUCAGAGCUGUUACAGUUCUACAAGACAGAACACACUGGAUACGUCCUGCUUCUCUUCUGUAGCGCAUAUAUCUACAAGCAGUCCUUCGCCAUCCCUGGCUCCUCCUUCCUGAACAUCCUAGCGGGUGCCCUGUUCGGCCCAUGGCAGGGCUUGGUGCUAGCCUGUGUUCUGACCACUGUGGGCUCCACCAUGUGUUACCUCCUCUCCCAGGCCUUCGGGAAACGCUACAUCACAAAACUCUUCCCUGGCCAGGUCUCCAUGCUGCAGAGGAAGGUGGAGGAGAACCAGUCCUGUCUGUUCUUCUUCCUCCUCUUCCUCAGGUUCUUCCCCAUGACUCCUAACUGGUUCCUCAACAUGUCCGCCCCCAUCGUCAACAUCCCUGUCACGUUCUUCUUCUUCUCAGUCUUCAUCGGCCUGAUCCCAUACAACUUCAUCUGUGUCCAGGCGGGCUCCAUGCUGUCUGAGGUGUCCUCUCUGGAUGACCUGUUCUCCUGGGGCAAAGUGCUACAGCUGCUGGGUAUAGCUUGCAUGGCCCUGCUCCCCGGGACCCUCAUCAGACACCACAGCCAGACAUACCUCAAACUGGAUAAUGGAGUCAACAAGAAGACUCUGUGAGCGAGCAAGGGUUUCCCAGUCCUGUGGAAAUAACAACAAAUAGAGGAUGAAGUUGUAGGAUAUAGGAGUGCCUUGGUAUUUUUGGAUAGUCUGUAUCCUAUAAGUUCAGCUUCCAUUUUUUUGUUAAGGCUCAGUGAGCAUCCUGGGUCAACCUGGGUCAGCCUGGGUCAGCCUGUCCAUAUUCCUGUCAGUGGGCUGGAUGCAGGAGGAAACAUUGAUUCAGUGUGAGAGAGAUGGGAACUGAGGUUUCCCACAGUAGAUGACCUCACAUCAGAAGGGAGAUGAGUACGUCUGUGAGUACGUCUCCAUGUUAGAGAAUGUAUGGACCGAGUCUGUGUCUGUGUAAAGGUAUUUUAAGCCAUUUUGUGUUUUUAUGGGUGAAGGGAGUAGACAUAUUAAUUAAAAUAAUAGUGUUGGUGUUGUUCUUGUUUGAUGAAGAUACUGUAAUUGAGAGACAUGUAUUUUUGGAUAGACUACAUUCUGUUGUUGUUGUUGUUGUUGUUGUUGUUGGUACACACGUGCCUUUAGAAGUGCCCUGUGUCUCUGUUUUAAACAGCUAGCUACCUCAAAGCGGAAAAGGAUGUCCUGUGAAGACCGUUGUAGAGAGGGAAGGGUUAGAGGUAUGUAGGUUUUGUCGUGUGUGUUAUUACAAAGGGAAUUGAAUAUCUUUUUUUUUACAACAUAUUUUUUCUGAAUUGUUCCACCUGUAUCGUUUUACUGCUGCCUAUCACUAAGGGCUGGUUUCAAUCGCUGAAGGUCAGCGGUACAGCGUGAUUGAAAUUUAAAGGCAAUGUUCCCGUUUUAGCAGGCUACAUUCGCGGUAAACGCUGCAUAUGUCGGCUCAGUUGGAAAUGACCUUUAAAUUUAGACCGCGCAAUCUGUAACGCUUCAGUGAUACAGAUUGAAUAGAGUCCUAAGUCACAAUGAAAUCCAGUCACCUUUGGUUGAAUGUUUGUGUAAAUAUAAGGGUUUCCUUUUCUAAUUGUCAACAAGUUAUCAAUUGUGAGGAAUCUGUAUUUUUUAAAAUCUAUUGUCACUUUCAAAAUGUAAAUGUAGUUUGCUGUCUGGACAUCUUAUUUGUCAA